UUUCUAGAUUGUGUCAAGUCAAAAGUAUUUAUAACCUGAUGAUAUUUUGAGCAUUUUCGAAUAUUAAGUUACAUGAUGAGUUAGAAAAUUACGAUUUUUAAUAUUUAUUUGACAAAAAAUAAAAAGCGUUCUGCCAAAAUGGCUGUUGGAAGUACGCGAGUUGUGCAAAUUACAAACAUAGCACCUCAAGCAACGAAAGAUCAAAUGCAAACACUAUUCGGCUAUCUGGGUAAAAUUGAUGAUAUACGGUUGUAUCCAACAAUUCGAGAUGUUUCAUGUCCUGUACAAUCUCGUAUUUGUUAUGUGAAAUUCGUAGAUGCAACAACAGUUGGGGUUGCUCAACAUAUGACAAAUACCGUAUUCAUAGACCGGGCAUUGAUUGUUAUACCGAUAGUCGGUGGUGAAAUACCUGAUGAAUAUAAAGCUUUGGAAAUGAGUAACAAUGGUACAAUUGUACCGGGAUUAUAUCCUUCAGAGCCGAAGUUACCACCGAAUGUAGUGAAUACAAUAGAAGGUGUUGCUCCAAAUCAAAUUAUUCAAACACGCGAUCCACAAUUAGAAGUACUAGGAUUACCUCUUUAUCCGCCAUUACCGGCUACCUAUGAUUUGCGAAAGGUUGAAGAAAUACGACGUUCGAUUCUGGUGAUAAACGUUGAUCCGACAUGGACAUCACAGAAAAUCAUCGAUUUUUUUACGGUCGCUGGAGAAGUGAAAUACAUUCGAUUCUGUGUUCGAGAUUCGGAUAAAUCGAGUUGUGUAAUUGUUGAAUUUUCGGAGCAACCAAGUAUAUUAAGUGCGCUUCAAUUGAAUGGAAAAUUGUUAGAUGGUAAGCCUGUAAUGAUACAUCAUUCUACGCAAGCGAUUGUAAAGCCGCAAGCGAAAAGUAACGAAGCGGCUCAACGAGAAAUUGAGGAAGCUAUGUCUAGAGUUAAAGAAGCACAAAGUUUAAUAUCAGCUGCUAUUGAUCCGGUUAUUGGAAUGUUAUCGAAAGAUAAACGUAGUUCUCGAAGAACUAGGUCGCGAUCACGUGAUCGGCAUCGUAGAUCACGAUCAAGGUCUAGGAGAUCUCGUUCUAGGCAUCGUGGACAUUCGAGAUCACGCAGAUCUACAUCAAGAUCAAAACGAUCACGUUCUAGAGAUAGACGUAGGCGAUCAAAAUCACGUAGUCGAAAACGUACGAGAUCACGUUCAAGAAGUAGACGUAGUUCAAGAAGAUCUAGAUCAAGAUCUAAAUCUAGAUCAAAAACAUCUCGUUCACGUGGCGAUCGUGAUAAAGAUCGUCGUUCUAAAGAGAAAGACUUGGUGGAGAAAGAGAGGAAAACGCCAGACGAUAAAAGUGAUCGUGAAAAUGGUGUUGAAUUGGAAGAACGGAAACCGACAAAGGAUAAAAAAUCUAGAAGAUCUAGGUCACCUUCAAGAACGAAACAUCGUUCUAGGUCAAGAGAUCGUGAACGAGAUCGUAGACGAUCAAGAUCUAGAGAUAGGCGGCGCUCUCGUUCUCGCGACAGAAAACGUUCACGUGAUCGAGAUCGUAAACGAUCUCGAUCACGUGAUAGAAAAAGAUCAAGGUCACGUGAUCGUAAAAGAUCACGUUCCAGGGGUAAAAGUCGUCGUCACUCACCAUCUCCUAGACACUCACGAAAGAGAUCCAAAUCCCGUAGUCGCGAUGAUAAACGAGUACCACGAACAAAAGAUCGUCAUCGUGAGAAAGCCUUAUCGAAAGAACGAUCACCAUCGAGAUCGAAAGUUCCAAGAAAUUAUGAUGAAGAAGAAGUGGGUUACAAUGAAGAUCGAAGAGGUAAAAAUCGUUUACCACCUAUAGAAUCUGGUGAUGAGAGCUCCACUGAUUCAAAAGGUGAUAAGGAUUCACCAGAGAAAUCUGAUAAUAUGGAUAUUUCAAAUUCACCAUGAAGUUAAAAUUUUUAAAUGAAGGUUGCGUUCCACAGAUACGAAGCCUGCCGAAUACUGAAAUGGAAUUAAAUACAGGGACGUCGAACGAUAAUCUAAACAGACAAAUCUUUGUGUCUGUUGAACGCUUCCAUGAAUGAAGCAUAAUUUUAUGAAAUUAAUAAUUUAUGUUUUAAUUAGCAAUUAUUGUAAUUUAAGAUCCUUGAAAUAAUUAUAAUAAGUCAAUGUUUAUUUUUUCUUUUGUUAUGCUUAGAAUUAAUUGUAAACAGAUAAGUUGUAAAAUUUAAUUUUAAACACAUUAAUGGCGACUACAUUACUGGUGUUUCUCAAAUAAAAAAAUUUGAUUAAUCCAUCUUUUUAAGUA